GUCAGAGCGAGCCGAGCGGACAUGGCGGAGGGUGAGAGAGCUCCGCCGCCGCUCCAGCUCCCCCCGGCCAAACGGCUGUGCUCCCGGAGCUGCCCGCCCCCCCAGCAGUCUCCCCAGCAGCGAGGAGCCGCCGCUCGGCCCCAGUAUCAGCCCGAGUCCCUUCUGGACUGCGCCGCCAAGGCGGUGGCGGAGAAAUGGGCCUUCGAACGGGUGGAGGAGCGGUUCGAGCGGAUACCGGAGCCCGUGCAGCGCCGCAUCGUCUACUGGUCCUUCCCCCGCAACGAGCGAGAGAUCUGUAUGUACUCCUCCUUCCAGUACCGAGGCGAGGAGCCGGGGGCCCCGGCCGGGGGAGCCAUAGGAGGAGCCCUGGGGCCGGGCCAGAGCUCUGCCCUUCCAGGCAUCGGGGGUCCUGGGGCCCCGGGGACCGGCGGAGGCGAGGGUCUGCCCUUCCGACGGGGGAUAAGACUUCUGGAGAGUGGCUGCGUGGAGAACGUGCUGCAAGUCGGCUUCCACCUCAGCGGCACGGUGACGGAGCCGGCCACGCAGUCCGAGCCGGAAGCCACCUACAAAGUGGCCAUCAGUUUUGACCGCUGUAAAAUCACCUCAGUGACCUGUGGUUGUGGCAACAGGGACAUUUUCUACUGUGCCCACGUGGUGGCGCUCUCACUCUACCGAAUCCGCAAGCCAGACCAGGUCAAGCUGCGUCUUCCCAUCUCAGAAACCCUCUUCCAGAUGAACCGGGACCAGCUGCAGAAGUUCGUGCAGUACCUGAUCACGGCGCACCACACGGAAGUGCUUCCCACCGCCCAGAAGCUGGCCGACGAGAUCCUGUCCUCCAACUCGGAGAUCAACCAAGUGCACGGUGCCCCCGAUCCCACGGCCGGAGCAAGCAUCAAUGACGAGAACUGCUGGCAUCUGGACGAGGAGCAGGUCCGGGAGCAGGUCAAGCUCUUCCUGUCUCAGGGAGGAUAUUACAGCUCUGGGAAGCAGCUCAACUCCAUGUUUGCCAAGGUGAGAGAGAUGCUGCGGAUGAGGGAUUCCAAUGGUGCCCGCAUGCUGACCCUGAUUACGGAGCAGUUCAUGGCGGACCCCCGGCUAGUGCUGUGGAGACAGCAGGGGACAGGGAUGACGGAUAAGUGCCGCCAGCUAUGGGAUGAGCUUGGGGCGCUGUGGGUCUGUAUCGUCCUGAACCCGCACUGCAAACACGAAGAGAAGGCGUGCUGGCUGCGGCAGCUGAAGAAGUGGAACGAUAUGGACAUGUGUCCGCUGGAGGAUGGAAAUUAUGGCAACGACCUACCUAACAUCACCAACGCCCUUCCUCAGAGCAACGGCCACGAUUCUUUGGUGCGUCCGCGGAGGACGGUGUUCACCCGUGCCAUCGAGGCGUGUGAUCUGCACUGGCAGGACAGCCACCUGCAGAGGAUAAUCAGCAGCGACUUCUAUCUGUCGCCCUCCGGCCAGAGGGAUGGAGAGAGCCUGCUCUUCAACUCCCAGGGACAACCCCUAUGGCUGGAACACGUUCCUACGGCGUGCGCAAGAGUUGAUGCCCUGCGAUCACACGGUUAUCCCAAAGAAGCUUUACGCCUGGCGGUCGCCAUUAUAAGUACAUUGAGACUACAACAGCAGCGGCAGCUGGAGAUCUACAAGCAGCAGAAGAAAGAACUGAUUCAGAGAAACACAACUACGAUCACCAACCUGGAGGGGUGGGUGGGUCACCCGCUGGACCCCAUCGGGUGUCUGUUCACCACCCUGACAGAGGCAUGCCGGGUGGAUGAGGAAAAUGCCAUGGAAGGAACAGAAAGCAGCGAGUCCCAGCGCCCAAACUACCAACAUGUGUGUGUGUUGAACGACUCACUGGAGAAUGGAGAAUCCUACCUGUCCCUGGCACUGGAGGUGGCGCUGAUGGGCAUGGGGCAGCAGCGGCUGAUGCCUGAAGGGCUGUACGCACAAGAUAAAGUGUGCCGCAAUGAGGAGCAGAUCAUCGCCCGCCUGCAGGAGCUGGAGCUGGAUGCGGUACUUGUCCAGACCCUGCGCAAACAGUGCAUCCUGCUGCUGGAAGGGGGUCCAUUCAGCGGUCUGGGGGAAGUCAUCCACCGGGAGAGCGUCCCCAUGCACACGUUCGCCAAAUACCUCUUCUCUGCAUUGCUGCCCCACGAUGCGGACCUGGCCUAUAAACUGUCUCUCCGCGCCAUGAGGCUCCCGGUGCUGGAGAGCAGCGCCCCCUCAGGCGAUGUUUCCCACCCUCAUCACAUUGUGUCCGUGGUGCCGAGCCGCUAUCCCCGCUGGUUCACUCUGGGGCACCUGGAGUCGCAGCAGUGUGAACUGGCCUCCACCAUGCUGACUGCCGCCAAAGGUGACAUGCUGCGCCUCCGCACCGUUCUUGAAGCCAUACAGCGGAACAUCCAUUCCUCCUCCCUGAUCUUUAAGCUGGCCCAGGACGCUUUUAAGAUCGCCACGCCAGCUGAUAGCAGCUCAGACACCACGCUGCUCAACGUCGCCUUGGAGCUCGGGCUGCAGGUCAUGAGAAUGACGCUCAGCACCCUGAACUGGAGGCGCAGAGAGAUGGUGCGGUGGCUGGUCACAUGUGCCACGGAAGUUGGUGUCCGCGCUCUUGUGAGCAUUCUCCAGACCUGGUACACCCUCUUCACACCCACGGAGGCCACUAGCAUUGUGGCGGCAGCAGCCACGUCACACAGCACCGUACUGCGUCUGAACCUGGACUAUGCACAGCGGGAGGAGCUGGCCAGCUGCGCACGGACCUUAGCCCUGCAGUGCGCCAUGAAAGACCCACAGAACUGCGCCCUCUCGGCUCUCACCCUCUGCGAAAAAGACCACACGGCUUUUGAGACGGCCUACCAAAUCGCGGUGGAUGCUGCUUCAGGGGGCAUGACCUACUCCCAGCUCUUCACCAUCGCCCGCUAUAUGGAGCAUCGGGGCUAUCCGCUGCGGGCGUUCAAACUCUGCUCACUUGCCAUGAGCCACCUCAACCUGGCGUACAACCAGGACACGCACCCCGCCAUUAAUGACGUGCUGUGGGCCUGCUCCCUCAGUCACUCACUGGGCAAAAAUGAACUGGCGGCAUUGGUGCCUCUGGUGGUGAAAAGCGUGCACUGCGCCACUGUCUUGUCAGACAUCCUUAGACGAUGCACGCUCACAGCUCCGGGAUUGGCUGGAAUUCCUGGCAGGCGAAAUUCUGGUAAACUCAUGUCGACAGACAAACCCCCCCUGCGCCAGUUGCUGGAUGCAGCGGUUGGCGCCUACAUUAACACCACCCACUCCCGCCUCACACACAUCAGCCCCCGGCACUACGGAGAGUUCAUCGAGUUCCUCAGCAAAGCCCGGGAGACCUUCCUCCUCGGCCAGGACGGACUGCUCCAGUUCGCCCAGUUUAUAGACAAUUUAAAGCAGAUCUAUAAAGGCAAGAAGAAGCUGAUGAUGCUGGUGAGGGAGAGGUUCGGCUGAGGCUCGUGCCUCCCCAUCUCUGAAGCUUUGAAGAGCUGUCUGCUUCCUUGUCUAUGUGGGCCCUUCAUAUCCAAGGGGCCAAACCUGGACUGUCGCAGCAGGAGCCUUUCAUCACACCUGCCAAACAUUUCAUGAUUCUCUGUGGGAGAGGGGGUGAUGGGGGCACCGGGUCACCAGUUUGGUUCUCGCGGAGAUCGUGUGAAGUUUGCCGCUGCCAUCUUUGGAUGGUGGAGAUCUUGUUCCCUCCACCGGGUGGCGCCGCAGUGCACACAAUAUCCCAUAUAACAGCCGCGGGAAUGACUUCUGAUUCUGCAUCACUCAGGGUUGACGUGUCUUGGACCACCAGGGAGGCGGCCAGGCAAUGACCCAACCAAUUGAUGAAGAAGCAGUCCCUCUGUCCCCGACGUGUACCUGGAACCCCACCCCCCCAAGGAGCAGGACGCUGCGGCCCAGUCUGCCUGAGCUCCUAGCUGUGGGACUAUAAGUCCCAGCAGUCCAUCGCGGAGUGCAGGAAUCCUGCAGUGGGCUCCUGUAGCAUCGCCUGGGAGGGGGGGGGGGGGGGGCAACCAAAUUCUGGGCUUAAAGGUAACUAGACGCAGAUUCAGAAAACGUGUCCCAGUCACAAGGAGUAACAUUGGUGAGAGCGCAGCGCCUGGCGGUGACCACUGGAGGCAGGCCUCUCUCUGACACUUGGCGGUCAGUGGUGGUCCUGCUGCCCUUAGCGAGGUCGGAGCCCUGAGAUUAGCUUUAGCGUAUAUAUAUAUAUAUAUAUAUAUAUAUAUAAAUAAUCAGUGGUGUUAGACUCGGGACUGCGGCGAUCGUCCGGUCACGUGUUCUGACACUAGAUUUACUCAUCUGAAAACUGAGGGGAUGCGCCAAAUUUAUCUUACUUCUCACUAGAAAAUAGACGCUUUCCUCUUCCUUGCGCUGCUCGAGCUGGGCUGACCCGAGGCCGCUAUUGUGAGCCGGAAAACUGCCGCAAAAAGUGUCAGGCGCUUAAUAAAUGUUACGCAUGGCAUGUGACCAGAAUUUUGGUGCAUGUGUAUUGGUAAAUAUUUGUCUUUGUUUCUACCCUUUUCAGGAUCUCUGCUUGCUGUCAGUGAAUGAGAAAAUGCGUGUUUAGAAUCCAGAGCCUAUAAACCCAUACAGACCUAAUAGUCCUUACAGCUGAGGGUUUGUUACACAGUCAAGGCACCGCUCUGUGGGUUAACAAGACGUUUUACCUGUACUGAUACACUGUAACAAUCCUUAAGCUGUGAGAUGUAUGAGACGCUAGUGUGAACACUGCCUGAGACCUGUGCAGGUUUUCAACCUUGGAAUAUGAAUAUUCCUGUUUACUGACAACAAGCAGAGUUAUUGAAACACAAAGUCCAUUAGGAAGUAGCAGAAAGACUUAAAGCCCUGGUCCAUCCUGCUGCGGUCCAGGUCUCCGCUGACCCCCACACCCCCCGCCGCCACCAUUCCAGAGCGGCCUCCCCAUGGCACGCGCCUCCGCCGCCGUUCACCUCCCUCAUCCUGUCCCUGACGAGAAGUGUCUCCCGCCUCAUCGCUGAACUGCAACUGAAUCUCAGGGAACACUACACGAUAUAAAGCGACAAGAAAGCGUCUACGGAGCUGUAAAUACGAGAAUAUAUGUGGAUUAGCAGAUUUAUUUAUGACGGUUCUGUCCUCCGCAGGGCGACGUAUACUUGAAUGCUUUGGCUGGGGUGGUGCUUUAAGUGCUUUUCUCAGGUGGGAGGAGGGAGGUGUUUUUUUUCUUUUGCUGGGGAGGGGUCACCACUUGUGCAAUGUGUGGGGGGGCUCUGCCCCACAGUACCGGAUACCGCGACUGUGCCAAGAAUCUGAGCUCGUCUGCCCCCUCCCCCCAUUCACACGACUGGUUGUACAGAGUGGAUAUUGCAAUAAUGAACGCACCCUGAGAAGAGGUGGGAGUCCUGAACCCGACCUUUGAUUUGGGGUCCUUAGGAGUGACAGUGUGUUUUUCUUGGUGGCCCCAAAACGUGCGCCGCAGGCAGUUACGGCAGACUGUGACGUUUAGCAAUAAAUGUGUGGUAGGGGGUGACCCCCAAAAUGAACAACGUCCUGUGAACCCACCCUUGCACCAGUUUAUGUUCCUCUCCCUUCUAUUUAUUUGUACCCACUCAUCGGCCUCGUGCUACCUGUGAACCACCCCCCCUAUUUCCGUCUUUCUCUUGCGUGUCAGGUGAUGAAGCGGCCAGGUCUUGGCGAGUGGGGGAGGGGUGAUCAUGGGUUGUCACUGACUCUGCCACGCGUCUGUCUCUUUCAGCUUCUACACGCCCCAGAGCGCUCUCCCCUCAGUAUUCCUUGCCACAGACGUAUCAUUGGUCUUAUUUUUACGGCUUUUUUGUUAUAUUUGUGCAGCCUGUUUGUUAAUAUUAAUAAAAAAAUGACCCUAUUUAUGUAUUUGCCGAGACCAUUUUAUAAGAAUUGUGUUGAAAAUUCCAGUGCUUUUUUAUGAAUAAAUUGUGAAUCACAAA